GUCGCCAACAUAGCCAACUAUCAGAGCCAACAACAACUGUUGGGCAGCCAUCACCAACUGCUACACAUCGCCGAACCGCAACUGCAACUGCUGCCCGCAGUAACGACGACGACGCCAACAACGACGCCCACAGCAAAUUCCAUACAACCGACAACCAACAACAACAACAACAGCAAUACAAAUAAUAACAACAGCAACAACCAGCGGCAAGUGUUUGAAAAAGCCAUCACCAUUUCGUCGAUUGCGAUUAAACGCAGGCCGACGCUGCCGCAAACGCCAGCGAGUGCCCCACAGGUGUUGUCGCCGUCGCCCAAGCGCCAGUGUGCCGCUGCCGUAUCGGUGUUGCCCGUGCCCACAGCCGCCGCCGCCGCCGCCGGAGUCGUCGCGCCAGCAACAGCAGCAGCACAUUUGCAAUACGCCAACUCGCCGGCAGCAGCAGCAGCCGCCGCCGCAGCCGCCGCAGCAGCAGCCGCAGCACUCAAAGGUCAUCAGUUAAGCUUUGCACAUCCCACACAAUUUGCGGCCGCCGUUGCCGCACAUCAUCAGCAACAACAACAGCAGCAGCAACAGCAGCAGCAGGUGCAGCAGCAACAACAAGUCGCCGCCUACCAGCAACAGCAACAACAAGCGCAGCAACAACAGCAACGUUUGGUGCAAUUUAAUCAGGCCGCCGCCGCCGCUGCGUUACUCAAUCAGCAUCUGCAGCAGUCGGCAGUUGUAGCUGCCGCUGCACAUCAGCAGCAGCAGCAGCAGGCACAACAGCAGCAGCAACAGCACGUGGCUGCGCUGCAACAGCAACAGCAACAGCAGCAGAUUUAUAGCAACUAUCAGCUGCGACACGCCCACGCGCAUUACGCCCCACAGCAGCAGCAGCAGCAGCAACAUAUAACGCUCAGCAACAAGUCACAGCAGCAACACACAGCAGCAGCAACUACAGCGCUGAGCAUUGCAACAACAGCAGCAACAACAGUUGCCUGCAACAACAACAACAGCAGCUCACCCGGCAGCAAUACGCAAGAAACUCAGUCGCACGACUCGGCAGCAGCAACUGCAACCACAACUCUCUCAGCACCAACAACUCCCUCGCCCGCAGGCAGCGCCAGCGCCGCCACAACAGUUGCCAGCGACAGCAACAACAACAACACAGCGACAGCAGCGACUACAAGCAGCAGCAGCAACAGCAGCAGCAGCAUAAUGGAGAAUCAGAUGGCUUUGGCACCGCUGGGACUGUCACAGAGCAUGGACUCGGUGAAUACGGCCAGCAAUGAGGAAGAGGUGCGCACAUUAUUCGUCAGCGGUUUGCCCAUGGACGCUAAGCCACGUGAGCUAUAUUUGCUAUUCAGAGCUUAUGAGGGCUACGAAGGAUCUCUGCUUAAGGUAACAAGCAAAAAUGGCAAAACUGCAUCGCCUGUGGGCUUUGUAACAUUCCAUACAAGAGCUGGCGCUGAAGCAGCUAAGCAGGAUCUGCAGCAGGGUGUACGCUUCGAUCCCGAUAUGCCCCAAACAAUUCGCUUGGAAUUCGCCAAGAGUAACACGAAAGUGAGCAAACCCAAACCACAGCCCAAUACAGCGACAACAGCCUCACAUCCUGCAUUGAUGCACCCACUCACUGGACAUCUGGGCGGACCAUUCUUUCCGGGCGGACCCGAGCUAUGGCAUCAUCCGUUAGCGUAUUCCGCUGCUGCCGCCGCUGAGCUGCCCGGCGCCGCGGCGCUGCAACAUGCAACACUUGUGCAUCCGGCACUGCAUCCGCAGGUGCCAGUGCGCUCCUAUCUCUGACUAAAUACAGACAAAGUUAUGGAGCAGCCUAUGCAUCAAACUCAAUUGACCAUGCCACAUCAACAUCAGACAACUGCUACCGCUUUACAUCCCAGCCAUCAGGCUAUGGCUAUGGCCGCGGCGGCUGGUGGCGCUGGCUCAGCGGCGAGUGUUGCAGCUGCUGCUGCUGCUGCCGCCGCCGCCGCCGCUGCUGCUGCUGCCGCUUCACAUCAUCAUUAUUUAUCCAGUCCCGCACUGGCCAGCCCCGCCGGCUCGACCAACAAUGUUGCAAGCAAUACACAAAUUGCAGCCAAUGCGCCCUGCUCCACAUUGUUCGUUGCCAAUCUGGGCCAAUUUGUUUCGGAGCAUGAGCUCAAGGAAGUUUUCUCUAGAGGAGCGGGUAUGGAAUCAAGGCAUGAUUUGCUCGCUAAGAAACUAGAACAACAGCAACAACAACAACAGCAGCAACAGCAACAGGUGCAACAGCAACAUCAGCAUUACCAUCAUAGCCACCAUCAGCCGCAUCAUCAUCAUCAUCAUCAGCAUCACCAGCAUCAUCACCAGCAGCAGCAGUUCUUGAUGACGCCGACAGCAGCAACCUGACCCGGCAGCGCAAAUGCUGCACCACCAACAGCGCUGCCCCACCACCAGCAACACCAUCAGCAAUACUAUCAGCAGCAGCAGCAACAGUUGCAACUACAGCAGCAACCGUUGCAAUAUCAACAUCAGCAACACAUUUAUUCGUAUGUGUUGCCAGCGGCUACGCAUAUUGCCGCUUGAGUUGGUGGUGCAGCAGCAGCAGCUUCGGAUUCGGUUUAAGAUCGAUAUCAAUAUUUUGAGUUUGAGCAUAGAGCAGUAAGCUCCGCAUGUAACGGAUACAUGCAACAAAUACUUUAGUUGUAGCAUAAAAAACAUAAAAAACCCAAAAAAAAAAAUAAUAUUUAAAAAAUGCAAAAAAAAUACAAAAAAAAAAAAGUUUUAAAACAUUUAUUUAAAAUUAAACAAGCAUAGCCCAGUUUAGUGAAAUUUUUAACAGGCCGCUGAGACAAAAAUUGUAGCUAACCAUAUACCAAAAAAAAAAACAAAAAACAAAAGAAAGUAAACAAAAGCAGCAGAAACUAAGUUUGUAGUAAAAUAUACAAAAUGAAUAGAUGGCGAGGUAAAAAUAAUUGUAAACAGUUAUAGAGCUGAACAAAAAGCUGCUAAAGAUUUUUGAAAUAUUUUUAUUAAAUAUUUAUUGUGGUUGAUUUGGUUUCAGUUGCGUGUUUGGUUUGUUUUUUUUUUUUCAAAAUAAUUUUUACCAAUGGAAUUGAUGCAUAAACACAAAAAAGUUGCAUGCAGUACGUUUGGUAUUAUUUGAAAAUUUUGCAGCAUAUAGCAAGACAAGUUAAGAAAAAUUACAAAAUAAAGCUAUUAAAAGUUUAAUAAAUGAAAAAAAUAUAUAAUUAUAGCUUAACCGAAUGUGCCCUUUAAAUAGCUCUCUUUCUAGAAUUAUUAAAAAGACAUAAAAAACAAAAAACAAAAUGCUUACAUCACAUAUUUGUGCAUGUAAUUUAUAAUAUGCGUAAAAAUAACUUGUAACAUUUUUGAACGUAAAAAAACAACGAGAACUAGUCGGACGUCAUCAAAUGAAUGUGAAAUUUCUAUUGAGCAAAAAUUUAACUGAACGCUGGUUUCGACAAACAAAUUUUUAAUUUACAAACUUUGCAAUUAAGCAAAGUUAGUGGCGCUGUUUAAGACUCGUAAAUCAUACAAUGCAUACUAAACAAACAAAUGUACAUAUGCAAUUUGAACUAAUUAAACUACAAAAAAAUUGCGACAAAAUUUUUAACACACACACACAAACACACACACAGUUUCCGCCCAGCAACAACAACAAAAGAAAAUCCUCUACUAAGACUAGAAACUUGUGCUAUUCGAACUCUCCCAACUCUGAACUUUCCAAAAAACAAAAAAAAAAUGCUAGAACAAUCAACACACUCAUACAUAUGUAUUUCUUGCUAAACAACAACAACAACAACAACUACAAACCAACGAUCCAUGAGGCAGAGAGCGUUAAGUACAGUGUGUAGUAGGUCUAGAGGUCAAGGGUCAACACAGUACGCAACAAGAACGAGUUUAUAAAGAAAAAAAAUCAAUAACAUAUCAUCUUACGUAGCAGCAACAACAACAACAAGCAACAUCUAUUAUUAACUAAAAGCUCUAAACUCUACUACGCUAUAAACAUAAAAACAUACAGUUAUCAAACAUAUAUACCCCCAUAGGCUUUUAAGUAGCUAAUUACACACAGUGAACAAAAAUCUGGCAUCUAAUUUGUUUAACUUUUUUUGGUUUUUUAGUACGCAUCUCAGCAUUGUUUAUAAACUAAGCAUAUUUAAUUUAUAUUUGAAUUUUUAUACAUGUAUUUACCAAAGUUGUCCUUACUAAAUAAAAAAAUAAAAAACUUACUAUUUAUGUUAACGCUACCCAACAAUUUGUUAAAUCAAAAUAAAAUGUAUAAACAAAAAACGAUUUAAAACUUAGUUAAGUUAACUAACAACUAGACAUACCAAAGGCAUAUUUCAAACAACAACAAUAACAAUAUGUAUUAUAUACAGUAAUUGGCGAAUUAUACAGUUAUUAAUGCUUAAAUUUCAAAAUCAAUGCUUUCAAUGUUUAAUUUUAAAUAUUUCUAUUUUUUUUUUUUUGUCAAUUAAUGACAAAUGUAUAAGCGUAUUCCGUCCAAUUACAUUUCUUACUUUCCUCUUGCCUAUGGACUCAUCAAAAAAAUUAACACACACAUACAAAUUAAAAUAACAGUUAUCAAAACAUUACAAACUCAAACUUAAGUCAGGCACACACACACACAUAGACACACACACAUGCAUAUAACAUAACUAGCGUUUAGUAUAUAAAACUUAUGAAAAGUAAACAUAAAAGUUAAGCAAUUUAAUUAUAUUAUAACUAAAACAAAAAAAAAACUAAUGCAUAUCAUAAAAUUGCGCCUUUAAACUGAAGAAAAAAAAAAACAAUUUAGAACAAACAAAUACAACAAGAAAAUAUAAACACAGCAUAUUUACAACCUAAAGCUAAGCAUACAAUUUAUUAAUAAACGGCAUAAAUGAAAGCUACAAAGCAUAGAUAAUAUUCCUAACAAAUAUUUUCGAAAUUAAUUUUUAGCACUAAGCAAAGCAAACAAAAAACAACUUUGAACGUGUGGGAAAUGUUAUCAACAAAUAACUGAAACUAAUACAUAUGCAUAGUGUAUGUGUGUGUGCGUGUGUGUGUGUGUAUAUCAGCUGCUAUAUCAUCUAUAUCAUC